GUUUAUUUGUUUGGAGGGAUUGAUGGGCAGAUGAAUACUGAGAUGCAUGAUUUUUGGCGAUAUCGAGCCGAAUUCAACACAUGGGAUUUACUCCCUUCACCAAGUCAUAUCACACGUUGUGGCCAUACCUCCAGCAUGUUGAGUGAUGGACGAUUGGUCAUAUUGGGUGGAUAUCAUUGUCCUACUACCAAUCAUGAGGGACCUUUGGAUCUGAUACCAAUGGAUCGCUUGUUAAUGUAUGACACACGUACAUCAAUUUGGGUGGACCCACCUCAAAUAAAAGGCGUGAUACCUGCUUCUCGAAGAUCGCAUAGUGCCAUUGUCAUGAACACGCAUGGAGACAUAUUUAUAUGUGGAGGACAGAACGAAGCCGUAUCUCCGUUUCAAAUCUAUUUAGGCAGUUCAAUGGAUCAUGCAAAAGAGAUGGUGGGGAUAUUGGACACACAAACAUGGACGUGGCGCACACCGAAAUACGACCAUAUCCCUUUCCCUCAAUCCUUUGCUGCAGUAUCCAUCAUUAACAACACAAAACUAGUGUACGGAUUCGGCAUUCAUUAUCAUACGGUGUGUGAUCAUUUUCGCGUAUUUGAUAUAUCGACCGAAAGUUGGGAGGAUCCUGCACCGAUCAAGCAGCUAGCGGAUAUCAGGGUCCAUGAAGCCAGGAUGGAUAUUCUAUGGGUGAUCAUUGCAUGUAUCUGUUUAGCCAUUGCUGGAUCUUGUGGCGUUCUCAUUUGGACGUUAGGAACGAAACGUAUCCAGACCAAAUUCCAUACAUCCAUCCAUCUUAUCAAAAGAGAGAUUUGGAAACCAAGAAUAGGGGAGCCAGGAUGGGCAGAGACAUCAAGACUAGUUUUAAAACUCUUGUUUUUAUUUCUAUUCAUUUACUUGAUUUGGACAUUGACAAGUCAAGUGAUUCAUAGUCCCAUCAUUGAUCAAUUGUCGUUUGAAGAAACCUCAGAUAAAACAGUAGAUGUACCUGACAUGAAAUUUUGCUUUGAUGACUGGGAUCAAACGGACAAACCCUAUAUUCGGUGCAACACGGAUUUCGGUAUACCCUGUUCUGACUGGAUUUUACCUCUGCCUACUGAUGAUGAUGAUCGCAUUUGUAUGCUUUUCAGAGCACCCACGACCUUUCGUUUAGGCGAGACUUCAGAGCGUUUAUUAAGUAACGGCUCGUUCCUCUUCUUUGAUUACUAUGGGCCGUCUCCUAAUGACGGUUUACAACUCCAAGUAGACGUUUAUAACACGUUUCAUAACCCCAAUGUAGCCAUCUACAAUCUCAGCUCUCCCGGAGACACCUUUGAAUGGAACGACAAGUACGAACAAGACCUGUACGUGAAAGGACGCUCAAUUCAGAACUCACAUCGGGUAAAUCUCGGUGUGGUGAGCACCAUCUCGUUCCAGUUGAUCAAACGCGUCUCCUUACAACCUGGACUUUGGAAUUAUGCAGGUGUGGCAUCGUAUGUCAAGACCAAAUACGAAAUCGAGACAGUCUCUAGCUCUGAAUCUUUCCCAACCAUGUAUGAUCCAUCUUCGGGGGCACCACAACCGCUCGGAUCCAUCCACUUGAUCCCGCUUAGUUGUCAGACAAGAGUACUACGUGAGCAAAAGGCGUUUUCGUUGAUGAAUGCGAUGGGUAUCUUUGGUGGGCUGUUUGGUUUGUUGUUUAGCUUACAAUCGUGCUUGUUUGGGUAUCGACCGAGAUCGCCGUGGGGGUAUAUGCAUCGAUGGUCGUUUGGGCAGUUGCGGUCGUCCUUGAUGCGGGGAUUGCAAACGCAUUUUUUCCCAACGCAGGAGCCUUUACCUGUGUAUGUGGCACCCACGGCCGUGGAGCCUACGUAUAGCGCUCAGAAGGGACUGGUAAUCAAUACAAGUCCAAGUUAUUUACUUCCUGCUUCUCCUGUGGUGUUUUCUCAUGAAGAAAGGGAAGAUGUUCGCUUAGGACAGAUUGAGGAUCGAAUUCAUAUGUUGGAACGGUUAUUUGGGGCGUAUUAUAUUGAUGAUGAAAUCUUUCGGUCGUUGGAUAAUGCACUUAAGAACGACGCUCCAUCACCUACCGUUGGGAAAAGUGGAAGAAAAAGGAAAUAG